CAUUUUGACAAGUCCAAAAAUAUUUUCUUGUGCACUUAAACUAUAGCCAUGGCGCAACCAGCAACAGAAUCGUCCGCCAAAGAGGCGAAACCUCAGGACCAGAGAACAUUCGCCAGCCAAGCUCGCACCGAAGACGUGACCGGGGAAAAACCCCCAAACGGGUACUGGACCACUAUGAUGCACUUCGCCAAAGGGUACGUCGGGACCGGGAUUUUCGCGAUGGGCGAGGGUUACAAAAACAGCGGGCUAAUUGGGGGAACGGUGCUGCUGUUCCUCAUCGGUUUCAUAAACGUCAACUGCCAACGGAUACUAAUUCGCACGGCUGAGAAAAUCAACCAAGAGGAAGGGAAAGAAGUGAAGCCGUCGUUUGCGGAGACGGUGCAGUACACUCUGAACAACAGUAAAUUGGCGUGUUUGAAAAACAACGCCAAAACGCUUGGAUGGUUCACAAAUUUUUCGGUGGUGGGGUGUGAACUGGGUUUCUGUUGCGUGUAUUACGUCUUCAUUGCUGAUCAUUUGUUGGAAAUCGCAUCCAACCACAACCUGUUGAACCAUAAACAGCCGGAGAGUAUACAUAUAGUGUUGCUGAUUAUGUUGAUACCGAUGUGGGCUUCGACGUUCUUGAGGAAUUUGAAACUGUUGCUACCUUUGUCGAUUAUAGCAAAUAUUCUUAUAUGGAGCGGAGUUAUUAUUGUGUUUUAUUAUACUACUUACGAGGGACUUCCACCGGCUAGCGACAGAUAUUUAUUGAGUCCUUUCGAAAGAUGGCCAUUGUAUUUCGGGACUGUCCUAUAUGCGUUCGAAGGAAUCACAUUCAUUUUGCCGUUACGGAACGAAAUGAAAAGGCCAGAACAAUUUAUAAAUUGGUAUGGAGUCUUAAACGUGGGGAUGGUCUUCGUGAUGAUUUUAUACUUUUUUGUUGGGAUGUUGUCGUACUGGAAGUACGGCGAAGAUGUCGAGAGUAGCGUUUUCCUAAAUUUAACACAAGAAGACAAAAAUAUGUCAGAUGUUAUUAAUGUUAUAGUUUCGAUAGCCAUACUUUUCACUUUUACGCUCCACAUGUACAUACCUUUCGAAGUGACAUUCCCUUUAAUCUAUAGGAAGUAUGGGCCUUUCAAGCACGGAAUAGUAGUAGCGGCUCUGUAUAGGUCGUCGCUAGUGUUGACCACAUGGACUUUGGCAAACGUAGUACCUUUUCUGGGUUUGUUCAUAUCCUUAAUUGGAGCCACCGGCGGAUCUUUCUUAACCCUCAUAAUGCCACCCAUACUAGAAAUGAUCGCAUUCCAGGGAGAACUUGGCAUAGUGAUCAUCGUAAAAGACAUCUUGAUUCUCAUUCUAGGAGUGGUAGGCUCGGCGUUUGGUACCGUCAUGGCCAUAAUCGCCAUCGUCAAUAAAUUUAGAGUGGAGUAUUUCGGGGAAGAACUUUAAAUAUACAUUUUUAAUUUU